AUGGUUCUCACUGGAAGCUGUAUGUGCGGCAAAAUCAAGUACCAGGCUGUUGCUGAGCCCAUCGUGAAGGCAGUUUGCCAUUGCUUGAAUUGCCAGAAGUUCAGCGGUGGAGCCUCCACUACCAAUUUUAUCAUUCCGCGAUCUUCAUUUGAGAUCCUAUCGGGCACUCCCAAAUCUGGCCAGUAUAUGGCGGACUCUGGAUAUAUGUAUCACACCUUUUUCUGUGGAGAUUGUGGAUCGUCCCUCUAUGGUCAGCCUGAUUCGGCGCCAGAAAUAAUGUCUAUUAAGUCUGGAACGUUGGAUGGAGGGGCGGCCAGACUUGAGGGCGAUAAAAUCGAUGCUGAGGCCUUCAUCAAGAGGCGUGUUGCUUACCUAAAGCCAAUCGAAGGGGCAAACCAAGUCGAAGGCAUGAUACAAGCGUGA